AUGGCACGUAUCAAACCUGACAAUAGGAAACGUAAGAGGUCUGAAGUUCGUGAACCCGCUGCGAACGUGGUGGACGAAGAAAUCACAGAACCAUCUUCGAAUGAAGACGAUAGUCAUGCUGAAGCAGGUUCAGAGGAGUUGGAUGGAGAGGAAGAGCUCGAUUCCGAUGAAGAAUUCGAACAGGAAAAUGCUGCAGACAAAAGACGUCGUUUGGCAAAACAAUACUUGGAAAAUUUGAAAACAGAAGCUAACGAAAUAGCGUCAAAUGAAAUUCGUGAAAAAUCCGAAGAAAAAUAUGCCUCAGCGGACGAAGAUUACAAUAACUUCGAUGCCAAGGAUCUGGACCGUGAAAUCGUGGCGUCCAGAUUGAAGCAAGACGUCGCUGAGCAACAGGGACGUAUUUACAGGUUUAUCGGCGACAAGCUACUCUUGUCAGAAGCCAAGACGUCUUUCAGUCGAGUUGGCGAGAAAUGCCUUACCGCUAUUUCGUGUUAUCAGCCAGUUAUAAACAAAUUCUCGCACCAGGAAUCCCAGCAUAAGAACAGCGCCAAGCUUUUUGCCUACACAGUCAGUAAAGACAUGGUGUUAACCAAAUACGAUGUCACAAACUUUGAGUCAAGACCUAAGAAGCUUAAGUACGCCAGAGGUGGGCGUCGUUUCAUCCCAGAGAGCAAAUUCGAGUAUGAGAAUACCACGGAGGGCCACUACGAUGAAAUUCUUACCUUGGUGGCAUCUCCAGAUGGAAAAUACGUCGUUACAGGCGGGCGCGACAGAAAACUCAUUGUGUGGAGCACAGAAUCCCUAGCUCCAGUCAAGGUCAUUCCCACGAAAGACAGAAGAGGUGAAAUCCUCUCAUUAACCUUUCGGAAGAAUUCUGAUCAGCUUUAUGCCGCUUGUGCCGAUUACAAAAUCAGGACCUACUCGAUUAAUCAAUUCUCACAACUCGAAAUAUUGUACGGACAUCAAGAUCUUGUUGUUGGAAUUUCUGCCCUAGGAAUGGAAAGAUGUGUUACAGUAGGGUCCCGCGAUAGGACCGCGAUGUUGUGGAAAAUUGCUGACGAGACAAGGCUUACUUUUAGAGGCGGAGAUGAUCCUGAGAGACUCGCGAAAAAAUGGAUCAAACAAAAUACACAAACGACCGAGGAUGGUAAAGAAGUACCCCCUCGCAGCGAGGACAUCCCCUUGUUCUUUGGAGAAGGAAGCAUUGAUUGCGUCUCUAUGAUGGAUGACUCUCAUUUCAUCACUGGUUCUGAUAACGGUAACAUCUCUUUGUGGUCUCUUGCCAGGAAAAAACCUGUUUUCACUCAGCGUUGCGCGCAUGGGGUGGUUCCACUACCGGACUCGACCCAGAUAUCUGCCGAGGUUCAAGCCGAAAAGCGCGACAAACAGCUCCAAGACAAAAAGAUCUCUCAUCCUUAUUGGAUCACCGCUCUAUACGCGAUCCCAUACUCCAAUGUCUUUGUAUCCGGCUCAUGGGACGGUGCGCUGAGAGUAUGGAAGCUGUCAGAAAACUUCAGGGAGUUCGAAUUGCUCGGUCAGUUAUCUGGUUGCAGCGGUGUAGUAACGCACAUUCAAGCAGUGGAGAGCGGGAAGCACGGGCGGGAAACGUUUCGCAUCUUGGCAAGCGUGAGUAAAGAGCAUAGACUGGGAAGGUGGAUGAGCAACAUGCCUGGUGCCAGAAAUGGUAUAUUUUCAGCAACUAUCGAACAAGCCGGAUUCUAA